AUGGUGAUUAUGUGCUGGAUGGAUACAAAAACUAGGAAGAAGUGGAAUUAUUUUGAUCAUAGAAGAAGACAACAUCAAUGUGCACAACAAACAGGUACUACUAGUCCAGAUUCGGCAAACAAAACAAGACAGGGAAAUUUUUCAAACAUGGCUUCUAGUUGGUGUAAUAAGAAGAUCCCACCCGUUAUUUCAAGCUUUGUAUGCUUUCUUCUUGUUGUUUCUUCGAAGAUUUGUCCUGUUUUUUCCUCGGAAACCGGCAGUCGCCAUGCAACCAACCAAACUUUCCGACCCCAAGAAGAGUUACAAAAGCUGAAGAUUAUAAGAGAGCAUCUCGAGAAGAUUAACAAGCCUGCUGUCAAGACAAUUCAGAGCCCUGAUGGUGAUCUUAUAGACUGUGUUUCGUCCCAUCAGCAACCAGCUUUUGAUCACCCUCAACUCAAAGGACAAAAACCAUUGGAGCCUCCAGAGAGCCCGAAAGGCCAUGAUCCAACAGGCAUGGUAACUGAGAAUUUUCAAUUGUGGGGUUUGUCUGGUGAAUCAUGCCCAGAAGGGACAGUUCCUAUCAGAAGAACAACGGAACAAGACAUGCUGAGAGCAAGUUCCAUAAGAAGAUUUGGCAGAAAACUAAGAAGGCAUGUUAGAAGAGAUACUAACAGCAAUGGCCAUGAGCAUGCGGUUGGAUAUGUGACCGGAGAUCAAUAUUAUGGAGCAAAAGCCAGCAUAAAUGUGUGGGCACCAAGUGUUUCUAAUCAAUAUGAAUUCAGCUUGUCACAAUUGUGGGUCAUUUCUGGUUCAUUCGGUGACGAUCUCAACACCAUUGAAGCUGGUUGGCAGGUUAGCCCGGAACUAUACGGGGACAGCUAUCCACGGUUCUUUACAUACUGGACUACUGACGCUUAUCAAGCAACUGGAUGCUACAACUUGCUGUGUUCAGGCUUCGUUCAAACCAACAAUAGAAUUGCAAUUGGAGCUGCUAUCUCUCCAACUUCUUCCUACGGUGGAGGACAGUUUGAUAUUAGCUUAUUGGUUUGGAAGGAUCCAAAGCAUGGAAAUUGGUGGCUAGAAUUCGGAAAUGGGGUUCUAGUAGGGUAUUGGCCAUCAUUUUUGUUCACUCACCUAAGGGAUCACGCAAGUAUGGUACAAUUUGGUGGAGAGAUUGUUAACUCUAGGCCAUCAGGAUUCCACACUUCUACACAAAUGGGAAGCGGCCACUUUGCAGGAGAAGGUUUUGGAAAAGCCUCAUAUUUUAGAAAUCUGCAAGUCGUUGAUUGGGAUAAUAACCUACUUCCAUUAUCAAAUCUAAGGGUAUUGGCCGACCAUCCGAAUUGCUAUGAUAUACAAGGAGGAAUUAAUAGAGUUUGGGGUAAUUAUUUUUACUAUGGAGGACCUGGAAGAAAUGUGAGAUGUCCCUAA